CGUUAUAUCAAUGUAAAAUCGGUAUUAUGCCAAAUUGUGUGGCAAAAUAGAACUUAUUUUAGCUAUAACGACGGUAUUCGUACUACAUGAUGUAUGAUGGGGCAUUCUUAUGUUUGUGAUCUCGUCCUAUUUCAAAGUGUCUGUGUUAUCUGUGCUUGUUAAAAAAAUAAUAGCUAAUGUUGUUAAUUAGAUGAAAGUGCAGUGGUGAACCUUUAGUUCAAGACUUUAUUUAUUUUAUUUUUUUUCGACGAUUGUUGAAAUUUUGUUAUAAUCCGUAAAUUUUAUUUCAAAGUUUACAGUAAUAUACUUUGAUUACGCUUCCCUUCAUGACGGUAAAAAAUACUAGAUUUAAUGUGCAGUUGUGUUUUUUGCUUGUGUUUUUCUUUGUAACUAAGCAUACAUUACAAUAAAUGCAACGUUUAAUCGCUGUGCAUUAUUGUAGUAUGAGAAAGUAUCUAGAAAACAUAGCUCUUUAGAGAAAUAAGGCAAUGUGUGUGGAUCUUAACAUCGACUCUUAUAAAGAGUGAAGUAUUAAAGUUAUUGAGUGAAAAAGUUUGUGCAAAAUUAGGUCAAAAUGUGUAUGUGUUUCUAGCAUCAUAAAUAAAAAGUAAUAAAAAAAAGUACAUGUACGACUCCCAAGUUAGUACAUACAACAAAAUCAAAGCUUAAUUCAUGUCUCAAAUCUGAAGAGAAUAUAUCUUCCAAACUGCUAACAUCAAGCAGAAUAAUCAAUUGCGUGGAAUCAAUCAACGACCACACAAUCAAUGUACAGCCGAUUCGAACUCACCAUUCCGGCAGCGUGUCAGCAACAACAAUGGGACACACGACAGUUACACCUAAUACACCCGCCACUACGAUCCAAUCGUCGGUCUCAGCCACUGCAAACCUGGUUGCCGCGACCGGCUUAGCCAAGGACUGUGCCGGGUGCGGGAAGCGUAUAACCGAGCGCUUUCUAUUGAAAGCACUAGAUAUCUUCUGGCACGAAGAUUGCCUCAAGUGUGGUUGCUGUGAUUGCCGCCUGGGAGAGGUCGGCUCAACAUUGUAUACUAAAGCGAAUCUUAUCCUAUGUAAGCGAGACUACCUUAGACUAUUCGGCACGACUGGAUACUGUGCCGCUUGCAACAAGGUGAUACCGGCAUUCGAAAUGGUAAUGCGUGCCAAAAACAAUGUCUAUCAUCUAGAAUGCUUCGCAUGCCAACAGUGCAAUCAUAGAUUCUGUGUUGGCGAUCGUUUCUAUUUAUGUGAUAAUAAAAUUCUAUGCGAAUAUGACUACGAAGAGCGAUUGGUGUUUGCUAGUAUGGCCUGUAAUCCGUCUAGCUUGGCGCAUAUUCGGAGGCAAGUUAGUAAUUUACAGCCCACUGGAGAAAACCAUCUCGCGAGUGCCGGACGUUUGCCACCAACCAGUAUUAAUCGAUCUCCAUACGUAGCAGAAAAGGCCGGAUUGGUCCAACAACAACAACAGCAGCACCAACAAUCACCAUCUCAACAACAACAACCCUCUGCAACAGUUGCGGUAGCGACUACAUCAUCGGCAACGUCGAUAGCACCAACAACGUGCGAAUCACAUCCAUCCUGCUUACCAGCUACUUCGUCCUCAAUGCAUCAAAUCCAGCCCGGAAGUAGCAAUCUUCAGCAGCAACAUUCCACACAACAGCCGCAACACCCACAGCAGCAGCAGCAGCAACAACAACAACAGCAUCAUCAUCACCAUCCAAGCAACCCGGGUCCACAUCGAGACGAUGGUUCCAGCGGCUAUGGAAGUCCCGAUUCAGAAACGUUCGAAAUGUCCAACAAUCAAUGACGUUUGAUUUCGGGCAUUACCAAAAUGUGCUGAUGAUGCACAAUAGAAUGUUUUUUGUUUGCGACAGUAACGCGGUAACGGAAAAGUUAAGUUUGGUGCAUUUUUACGUUGCAAACUUUUACGUAAUUAUUGGAAGGCGACUCUAUGUACUCAACGUACUGAAAGUUCUAGUCAAAUUAGAUGAGCCAACAGUUUUCAUAGCAGGGAAUACAGCAACUAAAUAAGAGUUUCUCUUGGUUGAAUAUAGGCUCAAUUUCGUUCCUAUGCUUUUCAUUAUAGAUAAAAGGAAUGCAAUCUUCUUUUCUUGCUCCAAUUUAUUAUCUAUAUAAUAUGAUAGCGAACGCCUUAUCACAAUACACUGGCGAAUGGCAGCGUAACGGCGAAAUAAUAGGAAAGCACGGUACCGCAGAUAAUACAAAUCCGGUGGCAUAUAAUAAAUAUCAAAGGUUUAUCAACGGACUUCACAUGUCCAUACGCAAGGAAAUAAUUAAUCGAAAAGACUUUCGCCCUCACUAUCACCAAUAACUCUAUUAAUCUCGGUCUUCCAAAGACUGUCCUGCAUUAUGAAGUACGUGCUGAUUAUGUUUUAAUUUUUUUUGUACCGUUGAAAACUUUCCAGCGGCCCAUUAUUUUAAGUCCCAUUACAUUCCUUAGUUUAUCAUUAUUUUUAUAAAACUAUAUCGACAAAAAGUUCAGUGCAUAGUGAUAACUAUGUCGAAUACUUUACACUGUUAUCGAAAUAUUCAUAUGUAUUAUUUCGCAGUAAUAAAUUGUUGAAUAAAUAGUUUGAAGAACAAACUAUUUCUUUUUCCCACUUUCACGCACGUCAACAUUCCAGAUACGUGUCUCUCCGUUUUUGGCGCAUACGAUCUACGCAGAGAUACCAGAUUAAUGUAGACUUACUUGACAUAAUUAUACACCAUGACGGAAUAGUCAGUGAGUCUAUGCACCCGUAAGGUAGUGCAUGAACGAGAACCAAGCUGCGUCCGGUUUUACAAGAACCAACGCCAGUUUCAUUUCGGCAGACUCUUCAAUAAACCUCUUGGCCGCUCCGUAACGUUGAAAUACAAAAGUGUAAUAACUUUUCCUUCACAAAAUACCGCAGCAUAACUGGAUAGUUGGUUCUGCCUAUGGGAAUAACGUCCGGACGGGAAUCGAACGUCCGCCCGACCUUAUAGAAACUGACGCGUCUAUCUAAUAGAUGUCGCGACCUACUCUAACGACAAAACUGAUCUUCGAUGUUGAUUGUUUUUUCCUCUUUUCUUAACUGCUUUAAUUGUUCGAUCCUAAUCCCAUCAAUUGCACAUUUUGUUCUGCUAUAUUCUCUUUUUAAACAUAUCCCAGAUUCAUAUUUUGUUCCGUGUAUAGUAAUGUAAAAACUGUUAAAUUAUUGUCUAGGUACAGCGGUGUAGUAAAAGUAUUUCAUGCUAUGCUCGUAGUAGCAGAAGUACGGCGCCAAGUAUGUAUUUGUUUUAAGCAACGUCAGUUUACUAUUUGCUUUGAUAAAGGCAAACGAUUAGAAAAUAAAAUGACCAGACUAUGUACAGUUUGCUUGCUUUACACGUAAUUCAAAUCACAACUAAGCGAAGAGCUACUCUAAGAACUAUUUUAGGCAGACUAAUAUAAAAUACUAAAUAAACACAACCUCGGAAACUUGCAGUAGCUGUAGCAGCCCGUAAAUAAAAUUACGAUUUACACAGAACAUGUAAACAUGCUAUGCGGAUAGUCGUGCCAGUAUGUAUUACUAUACGAUGGAAAAGGAAGACACUGUAGCAAUGACAUGUUCCAAGCAUAGGUAAUGUGUAAAAGGUUUUUUUUAACAAAUCGAAUAUUAUAAGAAGAACAUUGCACUCGGAUGUAAAAACAAGUUUGACCUGAGAACUACACCUAACAAUAAUUCGCACACUUAUAUAGUAAUGAAAGCCAAUGUAAAUACGAUUUCAAUAAUAACUGCAAUCUAAAAGUAACAAUAAAAUUGUCAUCUAUGAAGAAACUCGCUUACAUUGACUCCAAUUGUAUGCGAUUCUUUACAGCAUACUAGCGGUGACAUGGCGGUUCAUUUAAUGCGAACAAUAAGAACCACGGAAAGAACACCACGUAAGUCACAACAUUAUAGGUAUCACCUUUCUGCACAAGUGAUUGUUGAUUGUCGUUCGACCCUAUUGUCAAUGUGUAGCCAGCAAAGGAGCGAUCAGCUAAUGGCAAUAAUUUGAUAUAAACGCUUAAUUCGGUCCAAUGUUGUUUAUUCAAUUAUAAACAUGCUUUCUUCUAGAUUUUGUUUACAAAUUGAAUAUAUUUCACAUUUUUAGUUGAUCUUAGUAGCUUGCCCAAGGCUUUUGGGUAAGGCGAACAUAAAUGGUACGAUUUGUUAAACCUAUGUAAAGAUAUUAAUAGUUAAACUAAAUGUUAGAAAACCAUAGAACGAUAUAUUCAUAUCGAUGAUCAGAUCUCAUUCUUCGAAGAAAUAAUUAUUAAUCCUAUUCACUACAUUUCUUUACCAGCAGUGCUUUUGCUAUUUUUCAAUGGCAAACAAAAGAGUAUGUUAAAUUUGUCAGUCGCAAUCGAAUGCCUUC